AUGCUAUCAACUAUCAUCAUCUUUGCAACACUGCUUUACCUAGCUACAUAUUGGCUGGCUUUGCCAGUUAUACGAUACUUUCAUGAUCCAAAAGGCCUCCGAAGAUUCGAAAACUACUCCACCUUCUCUGGCAUCACGGAUAUUCCUUAUUGCUACUUGAGUGCCUGUGGCUUUCGAUCAAGAGACCUCACAGAGGCCCACAAACGUUCAGACAUUCUGCGCAUCGGACCGAAUAAUCUAUCGUUUGGUAACAUUCUUGCUAUCCGGGAUAUCUAUGGGCACUCAACAAAUUGUGUGAAGGAUCUCAAAUACGCAAUCACCGGCGGUCCUCAUCCCAAUUUGUUCGAUGUGGUGAACAAAGCAGAUCAUAGCGCGAAGAGAAAACGGCUAUCAGCUGCAUUUGCCAUCAAGAACCUGGUGCAAUGGGAGUUCAAGGUCGCAUGCACCACAAAGCGUCUUUUGCUUGCCUUUGACAAGCUUUGCACGCAACCAUUGCCCAGAGACUCCUUUCCCGACCCGUCCGACCUUACUGUGGAAUUCAAUCACUGGAUCAACCUUUUCACAGUUGAGGCAAUUAACAAUAUCGCACUUUCCUCAACAUUGGGCCUUCUCGAACAAGGAGACGAUGUCGUGACGGCGCAACGAAUGGACGGUUCAACAUACCAGACACACUACCGCAAGGCCCAAAAUCAGAGUGCUUUCGCGGCCUCUCAUUUUGUGUGGGACUACAACAAUUUCAAGGCGUUCAGCUGCAUCUCGAAGCUUUUUCCCAGGUGGCGUAGAGUCUGGAAAGAUGCAGAGCCGUGGAAAGACGUUAUUUACCACCAAGCUGUGACUCGCAUGAACCGACAUGAGGAAGAAGAGCUUGAUGAUUUCUUCUCGGCAUUGAUGAACGACAAAGCUGGCCAGCCACACAAUCUAGAAUGGGGCGAGAUUGUCAGCGAAGUGGGUGCCAUCAUCGAUGCCGGCGCAGAUACCACAGCUAUUGCCUUGACGCAAGUCAUGUAUCUUUUAAUUCGCCACCCAGAGCACCUGGAGACUCUCAGACAGGAAGUCGAUGGCAUUCUCGCCGAAGAUGAAAUUGUUGCUUCGUAUGAAGCUGUCAAGCAUCUCCCCUUCCUCCGCGCCUGUCUUGAUGAGGCUAUGAGGAUAAUACCUCCUACGUCAGCAGGACUACCUCGUCGAACGCCCCCAGAAGGUGCGAUGAUUCUGGGUGAAUGGAUACCAGGAAACACGAGUGUAUCUAUGACAAUCUACGGUGCACACCACGAUCCGACUGUCUUUCCGAACCCGGAUGAGUUCCAGCCCCAUCGCUGGAUGGACCCUGAAGAGAGAAAAAGGAUGGAACCCUACUUCAUCCCGUUCUCGACAGGUGCAAGGGGUUGCAUUGGGCGUAAUAUCUCUUAUCUGGAACAAACUAUCUUGUUGGCUUCGCUGGUGCAUCGGUAUGAGUUUGCACUGCCGGAUCCUGAGUGGGAGUUAAGGCGACAUGAGGCAUUCAACCUUUUGAUGGGCGAUAUGCCUAUCAAGGUGUGGCGGAGAGAGAUGUGA